CACGACUCAGUAGAUACAAGCUUUAUUUGAUGCUAGUAUACAGAAACGAGGGCUGUUUUAUGGGAAAGGACUCCCCACUGUAAGCAAUAUCCCCACGCCUCCCACACUGCUUCCUCUUUACUGAUUGUCUUGUUUCCACACACUCAUCUGAGCGCUCUUCAGGCACGGGACAGCAUGACUAGCGGAUACAAGGACGGGACACCUGAAGAGGACUACGCUCACUCACCGUUCAUCAGGAAGCAGGGGAACAUUUAUAUACCAAAAAAUAAAGAAAUGGAUAACGACAGCAUCAACGAAAAGACCCUUCGGGAUGUCCACACCAAGGAGAUUGACCUGGUCAAUCGGGACCCAAAGCAUUUAAAUGACGAUGUGGUCAAGGUAGACUUUGAGGACGUGAUCGCUGAGCCUGCUGGUACCUACAGCUUCGACGGCGUGUGGAAAGCGAGCUUCACCACCUUCACAGUAACCAAGUAUUGGUGCUACAGGCUGCUGACGGCCCUGGUGGGCAUCCCGCUCGCCCUGGUAUGGGGCAUCUUCUUCGCCAUCCUUUCCUUCAUCCACAUCUGGGCGGUGGUGCCUUGCGUGAAGAGCUACCUAAUCGAGAUCCACUGUGUCAGUCGAGUCUACUCCAUCUGUGUGCACACCUUCUGCGACCCGCUCUUCGAAGCCAUGGGAAAGUGCUUCAGCAGCGUCCGGGUCACCACCACCAAGGUGGUGUAGGGACAGGGAGAAGGAAAAGAGCCAGAGGGACGGGGUGGGAUGGGGCAGGUCAAUGGAAACCAAUGUCCGAUGCAAGAAGAUAAAACAAAUGUAAUCUCUCUAAAAAAAGAAGGCAAAAAAGUGAACAGCGAUGGAGAGUUGCACUGUAUUUAGGUGUCCCUUGAUAAGACUCUUCUCUCUGUCUCUGUUCUAUCCAUGAGAUCAGUCUCCUCUCAUCUUUGGAUUCCUUGGGGUGUAGGGGACAUGUUUUAAAAUUCAAUUUUGUCAUUUGUUAGCAUCCAUCAACGUAGGAAUACCGUUUCAGCCUUUUAUAGAAGCAGUUAAUGCAAAAAUGAAAAUUCUGUUAUUUACUUACCCUCAUGUCGUUCCAUGUUCGUCACUCCAAACCACCAUAAAAGUGAUCCAUCUGACCUGUGAGUUUUUUGCCCAAAGUCUACCAUGGUCAUGUGACAUGAAAUAUAGAGGGGUGAGUCAUAUAGACCACUUAUAUGGUACUUUAAUGGUGCUUUUUUUUUAUUUUUUUUAGGAGCUUGACAGUGAUCACUAUAAUUAAAUUAUAUACUGUGUAUAUUAUUAUAAAUUAUAUAUAUAUAUAUAUAUAUAUGUAUAUAUAUAAAUUAUAAAAUAUUAUAUACAUUUUAAAGUAGAAAUUUUAAAGUAUAAAAUACAUCAAAGUUCAAUUUUUAAGAUGCGAUCACAUUAAUAAAAUUUUAGCAAAACGCAACAAGAAUGCACUAUUUAUUGUCAAUAGUGUUGCGAUGUAUGAAGCUUAGCUCACUUUCAACCCAAGCAGCUUUCUGUUGAUGUUGAUCUGCACGACCAACUUGAAUUUGUCAUGAAAUCUCUGUUGGUGGAGAGAGCUUUGCAAAAUUCCCAAUCGAUCGCAUAUAUUCCUAUUAAAAUAACUGGAUUUCAGACGUGAAGUUUUUCCGAAUAGUAAUUGUGACUGCAUUGAUUCCAAACUUUGAUAAAGAUAUGAGGUUGAGUAAACAAUGACUGAGUUAUCAUUUUGGCGUGAACUAUGCCUUUAAGAUUUGCCAGCUGGGAAAAAGGCUGAGUUUUUGUUUUUUUUUAGGUUUUGUUUGUAUUUUGUCUUCUUUCAUUCACUGAUAGUCAUCCCAAAAUAGUUCCAUGGUGGUGUGUAAACAUUAUAUAGUAGAUUCUAAUAGUUAUGGGGUUUAUGGAAUCCAAAAGUUUUUUGUUUGUUUUUGGGAAAAUAAAAAAAGUAGGCUUGGCCCUACUGAUGUCAAGACUGCCCGUCACACUGCAUGUUGCCAUUAAACACGGUGGAUGGCCCAAACACGGGGCAAAAGAGGUGCCCUCGCUGUACCCCUGCCUUUGCCAGCUCAGCAUAUACUAACAAAGAGACUGUUCCUGGCUCUUUCCUGACACAUAUCGCUUCAAACCUGCCAUCAUGGCAGCAGCUUUUUGAGUGGCAGAGAAUGUCUUUACAACUUCCAGAUGAAGCUAGCAGCUAUAGGACACCAACCUAGCGAGAUCUUCCAGCAGGUUGUGAUGACUGAACUUUAUUAAGAGCCUUAACAUACACUCAUACUUUAUUUGCAGUCUUUGAAGAUGAAGAACUUGUUUUUUGCUUUUUUUUUUAAUGUUGUAUCUGUAGAAAGAAGUGACAUCAUUUGGUUUGAAGUUUUGUCCCGUGAACAAACCUGUCUGCUUUUCUGUUUAUUCACUGUCAUACACAAACACACACAGACACACACACACUGGCAAAUACUGGCAGCAAACUAACAUUUCCAGCAUCGGAGGCUGCUGCUUAAGUGGGGAAUAUAGUAUUUUGUACUGACAUAAACUCACUUCUGUCAUCUUUUGUCUACCUGCUUCGAUUCGGUCACCUCUUUGUCUAUCUGCUGUCUUAGUAUCUAUUGUAAUGCAUUUUCUUCACUCAGUCUGCCUCUGUAGAUUAGAUAUUUUUAUAUGAAAACUGAAAUACUUUUUCCUUGCUUUUACUGUAAAAUCACACAAUGCUGUGCACAUUAAAGAAAAUGUAAUAUAAAUCAAGUUGAUUUCAUUUGUCUGGCUUGUUCUACAUUUUAUUUGUGACACACUGCUGCAAAUCCAGAAAUAGCCCUUGCUUUCUCCUAAUAAAAAAGUAUUUGAUUAAAUGA